GCUUCUGCUGGUGUCCUCGGCGCCGGCACAUCAGAUUCUCCUUUCGAGAGCCUGGGCGGGAGAGGCUGACUCGUUGAAGCUGUAACUCAGAAAAGAUAGCCAUCCAGGCCAGGUGCCAUUACUUUUGGUGGGCACACAUCUGUGCAAAGACCAGGAGAAGUCUGGCAGUCCACUGGCAUUCUACCUUAUGAGGGGUCACAACUCUUCAUGCACUUCAUGCAUUGUGAUCAGAAAGUGGAUCUGAAAAUGAAUAUUAUUGGUCCUCUGGGAACUGGGAAGACCUCUCUUUUGAACCAGUAUGUACACAAAUGGUUCCGGAAUGACUACCGGAACACACUGGGAGCCCAUAUACUCUCCAAAACCAUACAUGUGGACCAUAAGUCACUGAAGCUACAGAUUUGGGACACAGGUGGACAAGAACGAUUCCGCUCCUUGGUGUCCUCUUUCUAUAAAGGCUCAGAUGGUUGCCUUCUGGUUUUUGAUGUCACAGAUAUGGAAUCCUUUGCAUGCCUUGAGACCUGGAGGAAUGACUUCAUUGACAAAAUCCAGUCACCUGUUAUUAGUUUCCCUAUGAUCACGCUUGGAAACAAGAUUGACCUAAAAGAACGUCAGGUCUCAGAGGAAUCAGCUAUUUCCUGGUGUAAAGAAAGAAAAAUGCAGUAUUUUGAAGUUAGUGCUAAAGACAACAUUAACGUUGAUCUGGCUUUUGAGACUCUUGCCAAGAAAGCUUUAAUGCAUUAUCAGGAAUGUAGAGAGAGUUGUCUAACGGACUCCAUCAAAUUAUCUCCAAUUGAGGACUCUCCCAGCAGCUCCUGUUGUUGACGAAUCUUGGAAUAAUAUAUACUAUAUUUAGAAUCUGUCUAGGCUGGAUUUUAUACAAGAACAUAAAGUAAAUGAACAUUAGUAGAAUCAUCAAAAAAGAAGUGGAUGAAUCUAUCUUGCUGAGAAAGAAAGCAACUUUACACACAUUAUGAAAAAUAACUUGGUGUGCAGUAUCUGCUGUGAUCACAUGGACUAUAUGGAGAUCAAGGACACUUUGCAGUUGAUAUAUACUGAGCACAUAAUAGCCAAUGUUACUAUAGACCUUUCAGAUGACAUUAUACAUGAUGCAUUACAUGCAGACUGGGUGUGCUGCACACCCCCAGGAUCAUCAGAGCAGUUAACAAAUCUUAUUUUUUUUUAAUAAAUCCCUUUUGAUAAUUUAUAACACACUUUGUAUACUGAGGAUUACAAGAAAUGUCAGGAGCCACUAACAGUUGACAACUACUGUAUAAGUCUGGUGCAGAGAUGGGCAUAAUGGCAAUGUUUUAUGCAGUGGAGCAAUGUUUUGCCAGUGUGCAAGCAUCUAAGUCACACUGCACAUGUGUCGGGAUGGGCCUGCAACAUCGCCCGCAGUGAGGAUUUAUCCGUAAAGUGACUGACAGGGAGCUUUUGUGGAUGUCAACGGGAGUGUCAACAGACGUUUUGCGGCCACUUCAAGGGCGUGUCACAGCUUACUCAGAAUGUCGAUUAUUGGCUGAUGUUUCUCCCAUUUCUGCAUCUUCAUACAGAAGCAGUGGAUCUGAGAUGGGCGUCUCAAUACAAAUCCUGAUAACUGCAACAUAUGUAUAUUCGCACACCAACUGCAUAUGGGAUCGCUGCUGCGACAGCAUUUACGUUCAUCUCUGAAUCAGACCCUGUGUAAUUAUGUGAACAAUUGCAUUGCUAUAAUGAGUCAAUACUAAAUGCUGUCUGUCUCGAAUAUUUUCAUUGAGGCAUUAGGUGCACAUUAGAUUGGCAGCAUGUACUGCUCUGCAUACAUCAGCCUGGGCAUUACAUACAGUACAGCUCUGCGCUUGGGGCCUAAUUUGAUGUGGAAGCAAGGCAGUAAAAGCACUCACGUUUGUUAAUGGCACAAAGCAUGUUGCAAUGUAAGGGGAAUAAAUAUAUUAAUAUUG